GUCACAGAAGUCCCCCACGCGCAAAGCAAAAGUGUUUACUUCUGCCGCCUGCCAGCCCGGCGGGGAGGGGGGGGGAGCACCCGAGGUGCCCCUCACUUUCGCCCCUGCAGCUUUCCAAACAAACCAGGGCGGGAUGGGAGUGUCUUCUUGGCUGUGGAACUUGAUCCUCCUACCUUGUCCUGAAGCCACCCGCCGCUUUCCCCCGGCCCUCUUCGCGGUGAUUUUCCUGUCCGGGACGCCCGGAGAGGGCGCGCGGCUGGUGUCCGCCCAGCCGGAAAGGUAGGGGCUCGGCCGCGCUCCCACUUAGCCGGCCCGGGGACGGGGAGCCCCAGCGGCUCCCUCCGCAUCGCACCUUCCUCCGCGAACUCGGGGGCGGCCGGGGCCACCACGCAUCUGGCGCCAGCCGCCGAGCGGGAGGAGCUUCUGCGCGGCUCCGGAGGCGCUAGGCGCUUUCGCCGGGGAUCCGAACCCGAGCGCGGCGGGCAGCGCACGCGCCGGCGGACGCCUGGGACUCCGGGCGGCGCCGCGCCCUUCCCCGCUCCCCCGCCGGGUCCGAGGGAGCCUGAAUCCUUCCCGCGCCGCCCCUUGAACCGCGCCACCUUCCUCCGGUUACCGCCGGCCGCGGGCUUCGGCGGCUCGAUGCUUCAGGCGCCGCGGGAGAGGCAGCAGCCGGCUGGGGCGAGCGGCGACGAGCGAGCCGAGAGAAGCGGGCCUCCGGCGCCGGAGCCCGGCACGCCUCUGCGGUCUUCGCGCCGGGGCCUCGGUGGGCCAGCCAUGAGAGGGUACCUUGUGGCCAUCUUCCUGAGUGCUGUCUUCCUCUAUUAUGUGCUGCAUUGUAUAUUGUGGGGAACAAAUGCCUAUGGGGUGCCACCUGUGGAAAUGAAGAGGAGAAAUAAGAUCCAGCCUUGUUUAUCAAAGCCAGCUUUUGCCUCUCUCCUGAGGUUUCAUCAGUUUCACCCUUUUCUGUGUGCAGCUGAUUUUAAAAAUACUGCUUCCUUGUAUGGUAGCGAUAAGUUUGAUUUGCCCUAUGGGAUAAGAACAUCAGCCGAAUACUUUCGACUUGCUCUUUCAAAACUGCAGAGUUGUGAUCUGUUUGAUGAGUUUGACAAUGUGCCAUGUAAAAAAUGUGUGGUGGUUGGUAAUGGAGGAGUUUUGAAGAAUAAGACGUUAGGAGAAAAAAUUGACUCCUAUGAUGUAAUAAUAAGAAUGAAUAAUGGUCCUGUUUUAGGACAUGAAGAGGAAGUUGGGAGAAGGACUACCUUCCGACUUUUUUAUCCAGAAUCUGUUUUUUCAGAUCCCAAUCACAAUGAUCCUAAUACUACGGUGAUUCUCACUGCUUUUAAGCCGCUUGAUUUAAAGUGGCUGUGGGAAUUGUUGACAGGUGGCAAAAUAAAUACUAAUGGUUUUUGGAAGAAACCAGCAUUAAAUCUGAUCUAUAAACCUUAUCAAAUCAGAAUAUUAGAUCCUUUCAUUAUCAGAACAGCAGCUUAUGAACUGCUUCAUUUCCCGAAAGUGUUUCCCAAAAAUCAGAAACCCAAACACCCAACAACAGGAAUUAUUGCCAUUACAUUGGCAUUUCACGUAUGUCAUGAAGUUCACCUUGCUGGUUUUAAGUACAACUUUUCUGACCUCAAGAGCCCUUUGCACUACUUUGGGAAUGCCACCAUGUCUUUGAUGAAUAAGAAUGCGUAUCACAAUGUGACUGCAGAGCAGCUCUUUUUGAAGGACAUUAUAGAAAAAAACUUUGUAAUCAACUUGACUCAAGAUUGACCCUACAGACACAGAAGAUGAUGCUAACAGUAUUAGUUUUAUUUUUACACUGCAAUUUUUUUAGUUUAUUUAAAAAUAUGUUGGAUGUACUUGUCAAGAAAUUAUGUAUAUUAAGACUGUUGCUGCCUGGUGCUUCAUAACCACCAGCUUAAUUUCUGUGAAUAUAUUUAAUUUAUGGAAACCAAGACAUGCUAAGAUAUCAGGGAGAGUGAAUUUUUCAUUGCAUUGUUUUAAAAAUAAGCUAGUUUUCUGAUGUGUUUUUAAAGUAUCUUUUUAUAGUUACUUCAUCUUAGACUUUUGAAGGGAUGUGACUUGCUAAUAAGUAAGGGGAUUUAGUUUACCACAGCAGAUUUUGAAUGUAACGUGACAUUUUGAGUGAGAGGCUUAUCUGGCUCCUGUAAAUUGGUGGGGAGCUGGCAUGUGGCGGUGCCUUGAAUGCGGCAUACUGGAACCACUUCAGGCCUCUGUAUCUCUCUCUCUCUGGAUGAUUGUUUGGUUCCUUUUUCUACCUGAGGAACCUGACUGGAAUCUUAAACCAGACCCUAAGCGUGGAUGAUUGAUUAGGGAAAUCUAAGAUCAUACUGGCUUAAUUAAGCAUUUUUUUCCUACAGUUAAGUUAAACCACGAUUAUGAUGAGUAGUUUGGUAGAAUGAAGAUGUUUUUUAAGUCGACAGAAAUAGGAUAAAUAUGAAACUCUGGAUGAGUAAAUAACCAAAGAAAGAAUGCAAUUCCUAAAGUCUGGUGACUGCAUUAUUUUAAAGAAAUAAAGUUUAUACAAAGAAGCUGAACUAGGCAAGCUCAAGAAGGAGAACAUUCUUAAAACGUUUUUUGCCUGGCUUAAUUUAUUCAUUAAAAUUUCGAAGUUUACUGGAAGUAAAUUAGGAGAGACAAGACAUGAAUGAGUAAACCUUUAAGAAGAGUCAAGCUUUUUCUGGAUUUAAAUGGCAUUUUCAUGAAAAACCAAUUGUCCACAUGAUUCAAUCGCAUCUUCAAAUGGAAAGAAGCUUACCUAGGGUGCACCAGAGAAGAGUGUUGUGGGAUGCAAACAAGCCAGUUGGACAAAAGUGGUGAGCUAGUCGUCUCCCUUUUCAUUUCAAUGUCUGUCUGACUGUAACCAAAGGCUAUGGGGAGGGAGGGGGACAAGGGGUGAAGAGAACAGUGGAGGUUAUAAGGCUGGAAUCAAAAGCUGUCAGAAGAGGUAGGGGUGGAAAGAACUGGCAUCUUUUGAACAAUAAUAAUUAUCACUGGGAGACAGUGAUAAUUAUCACUGACAACUAGCCUGCAUCUCUAAAGAGAGUGUAUAAAUAAAUAUUAGAUCAGAAACAGAAAUAAGUGACUGACUGACAGACAUACUUGCAAGUGGUGUAAGGGGACAAAACUAUUAGCUGAUUUAACCCAGACCUAGACAACAAAUAUGGACUCUGUUCUGUUAACCCCAGCAUAUGUUUGCACCGUACCAGUCUCGUUUGAUUUUGCUGAUAACUUCUUUCUUUGAGGUGGAAAAGGCACAGCUGUUCAGUGUGAUCUUUCCCUCAUACCACACAGCCAUAGGCUGCAGCUGGGCUGCUGAGUUUGGUGUAAAGUAAUUCGGGCUUCAGAAAGGAUGGCACUGGCUACAGAAAAAGGUCAAUGUCAAAAAACCAAUGGUAGGGACUUCCCUGGUGGUGCAGUGCUUAAGAAAGAAUCCGCCUGCCAAUGCAGGCAACACGGGUUCGAGCCCUGGUCCGGGAAGGAUCCCACAUGACGCAGAGCAACUAGGCCCAUGUGCCACAACUACUGAGCCUGCGCUCUAGAGCCCGUGAGCCACAACUACUGAGCCUGUGCGCCACAACUACUGAAGCCCACGCGCCUAGAGUCCGUGCUCCACAACGAGAAGCCACCGCAAUGAGAAGCCCGCGCACCGCAACGAAGAGUAGCCCCUGCUCGCCACAACUGGAGAAAGCCCCUGCGCAGCAACGAAGACCUAACGCAGCCAAAAAUAAAUAAAUGAAUUUACAAAAAAAAAAAAACCAAAAAACCAAACCCCCCAAUGGUGGCAUUUUCAAAUGUUACUGUAAGUAAAGUACUAUAAUAUUGGCCAUAAAAAUCUGAUCUUAAAAUUGAGGGAUCUGGCAUUUUUGCAUGGUAUGAGAAAGGUUACAAACCUCAAGGUUGUUUUAUUUAAGCAAAAAACAAAACAAACAAAAAACCCUGAACAAGACACAUAUAUACAAUUUAUUAAAAACAGAUGAACACAUUAAAAAUCUCACUAUUUAUACAAUCUAAAUUCUAGCAACAUAUACAAAUACUGAGUGACUACAGUACAUGCCGAGGUAAGAAAAGUACAUUCUGGGAGAAUAUCACUGACACUCAAGCCAUUUUUAUUUCCAAUACGUAUUUCAAUACAUGUUUUGUUUCUACCUUUCCCAGUGCCAAAAAAGAAGAGGAGGAGAUGAGAAGAAACUAGUCACAAGUUGGAUUAAAUGAGAAUUGGUGCCACAGUUGACCUAAAAGUAUCCAACUCUUCCUUAGAUUUUGCAGUUUAGGGACUUCAAGUUCAGAACUGAAAGGCAGAGCCAGUAGGUAAUUUUUUUUUUUUUUUUUAAUAAGCAGAGCUUCAUUGAUUUCUCUUAAGAGGGGCUGAAAAGCUUUUAUUGUCCCACCUAAUCUAUUCAUUCUUUCGAAUUGUAUUAUCUGACAUGGUGUUUCUGUAACCCUCUUGCUCUCCAGCUAACAACAAUGUGGAGCCCAGGGAAAGAAGUUCAAGCUUUAUCACAUUCCAUAGAAUUACAGCCACAUUCAUAUUUAAACGAGCUCAUUUUCUGUUCCCUCCAGGGCGGGGCGGGGGGGUGGGGGGGGAGGGCAAGUGUAUACAUAACAUCCUAAUUUCAGUUACUGUAUAAAUCCUCUGCUCGAACCAUUUCAACAGCGAAUAAACCCAUUGUUCAAUACAAAGUGCAAACAGUGAAACGUGAACUUAAAUAACUGGGCUACACCCUGCAUACGCAAUAGGAUCUAUUUAGAUUUACAGCUUUCAAUAAAAUAUAAAUCAGCAUUCACAAUAUCUUCCCUUUAACUGCCGGUUCCAAAGAUCAAGUAACAGCGAAGCCAGUGUAAUUUUAUGAAACCUUAAGGGCCACAUUUCCUGCACCACUGUCUGAUUCUACUUUUAUAACUGCAUUAACAGGAAAGAAUUUAAUCCAAUAAGCCACAGUGAGUUAAGUCUUUUACAUGUUUCAAGCAAAGAAUAAAAAUUCCAAGGGAAUUUUGUAAAAAAUGGUUACGUUCACAUUUUCAGUUGUUACUUGAUUGUCUCCAAAGCUGUAUAUAUAGCAGACAUAGUAACAUUAGAAAAAAAAAAAAACCCAAAACAAAACUCUAAUAUGAAA